AAGCAAGGGAUUGUGGUUAUCACUAUGAUUGGUAGUGAGUAAACGAAAUGUCUGCUCCUACUCCCGCUAAUGACCAGUGGUCUAGAGGAGCACCUUUUCAUUAAAUAGAGGUAUAUCGGCAACAUCCUUGUUUGUGGAAUGUGAAACUGGACAUAUACAAAGACAGAAACAAACGAGCAGCACCCCUCCAGACUAUAUCAGAGGAAAUGAGAAAAAAUGGUGUGUCCUUGACGGCUGACGACACAAAAAAGAAAAUAGGCAUACUCCGUAGCCAGCAAAAACGAGAUAUGCAGAAAAUAAGAAAAUCACAAAAAUCAGGAGCUGCUACCGAUGAGAUAUAUACACCAACAUAUGGUGCUUUGAUUCAUUGUCGUUCCUAAAUAAUGGUGACGAUGUACGUGCAUCUGCAACAAACCUGGAAAGUUAUGCUACGUCGGAGCUGCUCACACAUUCUGAUCAUGAGACGACCCUCGCUUGUUCCUGCCGGAAAAACUGUUGUACGCCUUAGUUGAGAGAUCACGGAGUGGAAGCAUCGUCAUAUACUACUACCGAGAAUGCGAGAAAUAAACAUGGAGAGGAACAGCAGCACCGACUCUGAUACAUACAUGGAAGACGAUGACUACCAGUCUUUUAUGUCAAGUCCUUGUUUGAAGCCUCUUCUAACCAUUGCAAGCAUUGCUGAGAUACAGCCUGAGGCAGAUAUGUGUGUAGUGAUGGGUGCCGCAGCAGUAGCUACUGUUUACUUCAUGGAAAGGGAACACCAUCCAAAGCAGGAGGGCCUGGCAGAUGUUCUGAAUAUGAGUGAGAUGGAAUUCUUCAGGCACCUUCGCCUCACAAGGAAAUCUUUUGACGACACCUUGGACUUGAUACACAAGGCUUAUGGUGAGGAGCCUUCAGGUACCAGCCUAUAUUUGGGUCCAAGAUCAUCUUUGUACCUCACUCAGUGGUAUUUAGGCACACAGAGUACCUAUCGUGAAAUCUCGGAGGUGUUCGGUGUGUCACAGACUACAGUGUUUGAGUGAGUCCAGAGAUUGAUUGAUGUCCUGUGUGAGGCAGGAAAGUAUGUCUUUUUGUGGCUAACUCCUCAAAUUCCUGAAAUUGAGCAGGAAUUUCAACAAAUGGGAGGAAUUCCUGGUGUGGUGGGGCCGUUCUUGGUACGAGAGCCGCGCCAUAAUUUAGGCGGUGUUCGUCUUACAGCCGCAGCAUUUCAAAAUAGACCUCAUAUUUCGACAGUUCUGUUACUAUACAUGUGUCAAUAGCAAAGAACAGUAAAGAUAUCUAGUCAUCCUUGUAUUUCAUUUAGUAUCUUACGAAAAUAAUGCGUAAACUAUAUCAAGUUCCCAUAACAAGAAAUUCGAAGUCACAGUCACAUGAACCGCCACGGACGUCGCUCAGUAGACUAUGGUCUGAACAGCCUCUAGAUAUCCCGAGACGAUACAACUCUUAAUUCAGGCCCUAUGGACAAUUCUGAAUUCCAAUACCAGGAACAGGUUACUACUUUGAUCUUUUCACAUAUAAAAAAUAUCAUGUUCUUACGUGCCUCAGAAUCGCCAUUUUUAAUAAUAAAGCAGUGGCAACACCUUUCGGCCAAUCAGAGCGAGUAUUUGGGUUUGUCCUCCCGGAAACCCUAAUGGGGGUUUUACAUGGUCAAGCAUGUUGGCCAACACGCUCAUCAAACCUCCAACACAACAUGUUUGAAGAGUGUUUACACGUUCAAACCAAACUGACAGACAACCUCAGUUGGUGCCAAAAGGAGAAGGAACAACAUGUCACUUACCCAAGACGAGGUGAUGGCAGUCGGGAUAGUGAUUGCCCUCAACGAAAAGAAAAGGAAGCGUUCAAAGUGGACAAAGGACUGGUUGCUGAAAAGGGACCAAAUUUCACAUACCAAUUUAAUGAAAGAGCUGAAAUUAGACCCAGAUGAAUGGCGCAAUUAUAUGCGCAUGGAUGAAUCAACAUAUUUAGAACUUUUGAAUAUGGUCACUCCAUUCAUUACAUGUAAAGACACCGUAAUGAGGAAGUCCAUUGGCCCUCAUGAACGGCUGAUCGCAACACCGUUUCUUAGCAACAGGCCGAUCUCUGCAAGACUUGAGAUUUUCAGCUGUAAUGGGAACUAGCACCUUAUCCAAGAUUAUACCAGAAACUUGUGUUGCCAUCUACAAAGUACUUAAGAAGGAUUAUUUAAAGGUGGGUUAUGAUAUGCAAUAUGUAAUGUUCAUUUAUUGAGGAAAAUCAGUACAUAGUAAUAAUAUGUGAAAAAUACUGAAACCUUCUGUUGAAAUGUGCAAUGCUUUCUAACCACAGUGGCAAACGAAGGGACAAAACCCAAACCAAUCCAAAAUUAUAACCCUUUAUAUCUCACUCUUUGAUUGCCAGCCACAUAUGAAAUUGUUACAAGGGCUGAAAAUUGGCAAAAUAUUGUGACAUAUUGGAAUCACUAUUAAAAUUAUCGCUUACAUGAAAGGAACUUGACCACUGUGGUACUGGUGAUGCAAAUGAUUCAUGUGAAUGGUAUGUGUCAGUUACAAUUUUAGAAUAGGCAGACAAAUUCCCAUUCUCUGCUUCAAAAAGCACAUCAUUUAUCAGUUUCCUAGCAAAGCCUGCUGUUUUCUUGUCCAGGGAGUCGAGUGCUUGGCCUACGUACUUCCCAAAUGUCUCAU